UUUUUAAUUGUAUUAUAAUUUAUAUUAAUUUUAAUUCCCAAUCAAUAAUCAAAUGGCCUCAAGUGACAGUCGAGAGGAUGACAUCAAUAGUCCGGUGUCUUCGCCGGGCGUUCCCUUCCAGGAGGAGGAGGACAUCGCCGACGACAAUAUGAUCACUGAUGACGAGUCCGCCGCCAGCCCUCAGGCCAGUGGCCAACAGAAUAGGCCCGCCAUAAGAGACGGUCGACUCCGCGAUCACAACCUGUCCGAUGACGAGAGCGGCGAAGAGCUGUUCGGCGAUAACUUUGAACGCGAUUAUAGGCCGCGACCGGAGCUCGACGUCUACGAGACGGAAAUGCUGGACGACUCGGUCGGUGUGUCGGAGCUAUCGCUCGGCGAACGCAUCACCGCUGAGGCAGAGAUGAGGGCCAGAGAUCGCGCGGAGGGCCGUCUCGCGGGUCGUAUGCGAAGGGGUCUCGAUAUGUAUGACGACAGCGAAGAGGGCAGCGAUGAUCGGCCGCACGUCCGGCGCCGACAGCUUCGGGCGCAACAGCGAAGGGCCGAACUGUUUGGUGAGGGAGAGGCCGAAGAGAUGAUCGAGAGUAUUGAGAAUCUGGAGGACACCCGAGGCAUGACUGUCCGCGAAUGGGUCGUCCAAAUGGCGCCGAAGCGUGAGAUUUACAAUCGGUUUAAGAACUUUCUGCGGACGUGUACUGACGAUAAGGGACGCAAUGUCUUCAGGGAUAAGAUCCGUACGAUGUCUGAGGAGAACAAACAGAGCUUUGAAGUGGAUUACCAUUUGUUGGCCGCUUCGGAGCAGGUGUUGGCCUACUUCUUACCCGACGCUCCCAUUGAGAUGCUUGAGAUCUUCAACGAAGCGGCCAAACACGUGGUUCUCUCUAUAUUCCCGGCCUAUGAACGCAUCGCUAAAGAGAUCUUCGUUCGCAUCACUGAUCUGCCACUCAUUGAAGACAUCCGUUCCUUAAGGCAAUUGCAUUUGAAUCAAUUGAUUCGCACUCACGGAGUGGUCACCUCUACGACCACUGUUUUGCCGCAAUUGUCUUUAAUUAAAUACGAUUGUCUCAAAUGUAAGUACAUUUUGGGACCAUUUGUUCAGAACCAGACCGAAGAGGUGAAGCCCGGGUCGUGUCCCGAGUGUCAGUCGACGGGUCCCUUCUCUAUCAAUAUGGAGGAAACCAUUUACCAGAACUACCAAAGAAUUACAAUACAAGAGAGUCCGGGAAAGAUCAGCGCCGGACGUAUUCCGCGCUCCAAAGACUCCAUACUUUUGGGCGAUUUGUGCGACUCGUGUCGUCCGGGAGAUGAGAUUGAGUUGACCGGAGUCUACACCAACUCAUACGACGGCUCACUCAACAUCGCUAACGGCUUUCCCGUCUUCUCGACCGUAAUUAUGGCCAAUCAUAUACUCAAGAAAGACAACUGGACUGCUGUGGGCUCUGUCCUCACCGACGACGAUAUCAGCAAAAUCCUGGAGCUCUCGAAAGACCAUCGAAUCGCCGAACGGAUCUUCGCAUCGAUGGCGCCAUCCAUUUAUGGCCACAAGAAUGUGAAGCGAGCCCUCGCUCUCGCCCUCUUCGGCGGUGAAUCCAAGAAUCCCGGAAACAAACAUAGAAUUCGCGGAGAUAUCAAUGUUCUGCUGUGCGGAGACCCGGGAACAGCUAAGUCCCAGUUCUUGAAGUACAUAUCGAAAGUGGCGCCGAGAGCUGUCUUUACUACAGGACAGGGCGCCAGUGCUGUCGGUUUGACCGCUUUUGUCCAGAAGAGUCCCGUCACUAAAGAGUGGACACUCGAAGCCGGAGCUCUGGUUUUGGCCGAUAAGGGAAUUUGUAUGAUUGACGAGUUCGACAAAAUGUCAGACAAAGACAGGACAUCCAUUCACGAGGCGAUGGAACAGCAGAGCAUAUCUAUAUCUAAAGCCGGUAUUGUGGCCUCACUUCAAGCCCGAUGCUCUGUCUUAGCGGCGGCCAAUCCUAUCGGUGGUCGUUAUGACAUCGGAUUGACGUUCUCGCAGAACGUGGACCUCACGGAACCCAUUAUAUCGCGUUUUGAUAUCAUUUGUGUGGUCAGAGAUCAAGUGGAUCCGUUCGCCGACGAACAAUUGGCCAAAUUUGUGGUCAGAUCUCAUAUUAAACAUCACCCGAAUGUGACCGAAGAGGACUUAGCGGAGGUUAGAGACGCAGAAACCGCUGAUGUGAUCGAAAAGGAGAACACAAACGAUAACAACGCUAUUAUGGAAAACAUUGAUAUCGAAGGCAUUCCUCAGGAUCUGCUGCGCAAGUAUAUUGUGUACGCGAGAGAUCGGGUUCGACCAAAACUGGCCAAAUUUGACCAGGAGAAGGUCUCCAAACUGUACUCAGAACUCCGGAGGGAAUCACUGCUCACCGGUUCCAUUCCAAUCACUGUCCGCCACAUCGAGAGUAUCAUCCGAUGCGCUGAAUCGCACGCGAGAAUGCAUUUAAGAGACGCUGUGGGCGAUCAGGAUCUGAACGUUUCCAUUCAGGUGGUCCUCGAGAGCUUCAUUGACACUCAAAAGUAUAGUGUCAUGAAAUCAAUGACUAAAACUUUUAGUCGAUACUUCCAGCGCUCGAACACUGAACUGCUGUUCACAAUACUGCGCCAAAUGGUUCACGAAGAGCUGUCACUCACCCGCAGCCGUAUGACUGCCGGCGCUCUCAUCGAAAAGGUCGCGAUCAACGAAAAAGAGUUCGCCAAUAAGGCCCGACAACUAGAUAUUCAACACUUGCGACACUUUUACGACAGCCGGGCGUUCGCUCUCCAGAACUAUCACUUCGAUGCCGUCAACAAAGUUAUUGUUCAAAAGUUUUAGUUGUAUUUCAUUAACUGUUAGCUAUUCUUGAAUACAU